CCCCCCCCCGUGCUGCCCCCCCGGUGCUGGGCGGGGCGGAGCGGGCAAGAUGGCAGCGCCGCUGCGGCUGGUCAAAGGGCUGCGGCUGGCGGCCGGGACGCCGGGGCUCGUUUUGACUCGUUCUGCAUUUGUUGCAAGAAAACCUAAUUAUGACCAUCCAAACUGGUUUGGAGUUGGCUUGGCUUUUGGCACCACUGCUGCCCUGUGGGUUCUACUUUUCAAGCACCAUAAUGAAGACGUAAUGGAAUAUGAAAGAAGACAAAAGGAGAGACAGCAUAAAUGUACAGGAUGCUCAUAG